AUGGCGACUCCUUGGCCAAUAAGGAAAGAGAGAUGCUUCCGUGGCUUCGCCAGCCUUGCUAAAUGGUCGGUGUCGUCCUUGAUGCUCCUAUGGUUACCUUGUGUGUUGCUGUGGUGGCCAUGGCCCACUCAAGCUGAACAACUGGGCAGCGGGGCACACAGUGGAAAGACGCUUCAUGGUGCUCUGUCAUCCGUCGCAUCCUCGUCAUCCUCGUCAUCCCCUUCCAGCUCCUCGGCAUGGGGCUUCAACACGAGGCAGAGUGGCGGGCAGCUGGACUGGCUGCUUUCAGAGAAAGGACCCUUUCACAGAUGUCCGGAGUAUACGGAGUUCAGAGAGAGGUUCCAGCAGGGGUUUUCAACAAGAUACAAGAUUUACAGGGAGUUCAGCCACUGGAAGGUGAACAGCCUGGCCACAGAGAAGAGAGAUUUCCUCAAAGCUCCGUUGCCCUUGGCGCCAGAGUUCCUACGCAACCUGCGGUUACUGGGGCGACGGCCAACCCUGCAGCAAAUCAACGAAAACCUCAUCAAGAAGUACGGGACCCACUUCCUAGUUUCUGCUACUCUGGGAGGAGAAGAGUCACUGACCAUUUUCCUGGACAAGCAGAAGCUCAACAAGAAGUCAGAAGGCAACCGCAACAGCUCGGUGGUCUCUCUGGAGCUGCUCCAUCAGCUGGCGGCUUCCUAUUUCACCGACCGAGAAAGCACCCUUAGGCGACUCCAUCAUCUCCAGAUUGCCACCUCUGCUAUUAAGGUAACCGAAACAAGGACGGGCCCUCUCGGCUGCAGUAACUACGACAGCUUGGAUUCAGUUAGCUCUGUGUUGGUGCACAGUCCGGAAAAUAAGAUCCACCUGAAGGGUUUGCAAGAUGUUCUGCCAGAGUUCCUGCGUAGCCGUUUUGUGGAGGCAGCACUCAGCUAUGUGGCAUGUAACUCGGAGGGCGAAUUGCUCUGUCACAACAACGACUGCUGGUGCCAGUGCUCCCCCAGAUUCCCUGAAUGCAACUGUCCAUUUGCUGACAUUAAAGUCAUGGAGGAGAACUUGGAGAAGAGCAAAGCUGCCUGGAACAACCUCAACCAAGAGUUCAUGGAAUCAGAUGAAUUCAAAGCCUUUCUGAAGCUUUUGCCCACUGACCGGUUUUUGAAUGUUUCCACAAUCACGAAGUUCUGGUCUGCCGACGUAUCUGUCCAAAAACGCUACACCCAGCUGGAGACCAGCACUGCACUGAUAUUGGGAAAAGCCCAGAAGGUUGUCAGGAAACUGUUCACCCUGAGCAAACGCUGUCCCAAACAGCCCCGCAUCAGUCUGCCUCGAGAAAAGCCAAUUGGCUUUUGGAUGGGAAUGGUUCAAUCUCUGCUUUACUGCAACGAGCAUGGAGCCCUGGGCUACUUUUCUGAAGAGGUGAAAAGCUGUAGCUGUCCUGUAGACCAGCUCACCUGCCAAGGAGUGAUCCCCUGUGUUGUGGGCACCUCUCCCACUUCCUGCUCCCUCUGUGCCACUGACAACACCACCCGCUGUGGAGCCUGUCAUCAGGGGAACCUCCUCCACCUUGGUUCCUGCCGCCCAAGCAUUGCACCUUCCCUGGACCACUAUUUCAACUUUGACCUGGACAUGCCAGAUGCUGAGGUAAAAUACUUGCUUAAGCGAUUGGACAGCAGAAUAGAGGUCCAUGCAAUCUACAUAAGCAACGAUGUCCGCUUGGGAAGUUGGUUCAAUCCUGCUUGGAGGAAGAGAAUGCUACUGACACUCAAAAGCAACAAAAACAAAUCCAACCUCAUCCACAUGCUGAUGGGUAUUUCUUUUCAGAUAUGCUUGACAAAGAAUUCAACACUAGAACCUGUGCCUGUGAUUUAUGUUAAUCCUUUUGGAGGAAGUCACUCAGAAAGCUGGUUGAUGCCAGUAAAUCAGCCUGACUUCUCAGACUGGGAGAGAACUAGACUGGACUCUGUUGCCACUGCACAGUGUUACAACUGGACACUGUCACUGGGCAACAAGUGGAAGUCCUUCUUUGAAACGGUGCACAUCUACCUGCGCAGCCGCAUACUCACAGAUGACCCGACAGUGAAUGAAACUCUCUUCUAUGAACCUUUGGACCUGGAAGACCAAACUUCAAACCUGGGCUAUAUGAAGAUAAAUACACUUAAAGUUUUUGGAUAUAGCAUGCACUUUGACCCUGAAGGCAUCAAAGAUCUGAUUCUACAGCUGGACUAUCCCUAUACGCAGGGUACACAGGACGCUGCCUUUCUGAUGUUGCUGGAGAUGAGAGACCGGAUUAACCGUCUGUCUCCACCGGCACCACAGCCACUUGACCUGUUUUCUUGUUUGCUGCGCCACCGCCUCAAGCUGUCUGCUGGAGAGGUGGCACGAAUCAAGGACUCUUUACAGAUUUUCAACUCCAAGAUUCCUAAUGCUUUUCCUGAACCUGAUCUGGCUCAGCUGUGCAGCUAGCUAGCUUAGCACAACAGUCAGGUUCAUGAGUUGUACUGCACAAACAGUGGAGUUGUUGCUUCAGAGACAGUCCUGUUGAAAUGGCCACUGGAACAGUUUGAAUAUACAAGACAGUGACUCUAAAGGUUGGCUAUGUAGGCCUUUAUUUUAGGGAAUUUUGACAGGUUUUCAGGUGAUACUUGUACCCUUUUUAGGGGCUGUGCAGUACCUGUUGAAGACAUACUUUGAUCUCAUAUGUGUUUGGCAAACUUUGUAAAAAGUCUAGGUCAAAAGAAUCUCCUGCCCUGACAAGUGUUUGUGAUUUAACCUACAGCAGGUAGCUGUCUUUCAAAAGAUAAAUAAGAUUUUGAUUUGUUUGGAGGCAUUUAUGAAUAAUAUUCUAACACCAGUUAAAGGAUUUCCCGUUUUCUAACUAUUUUCUUUGGAUACAGAAAUAGAGUUGGGGGUGACCGAAUGAUACUACAUCUGUGCGGAAUGAGUUAUGUUACACUUAACAGUUUGAAAUUUGAUCAUUCUGCACUUUGGUAAC